CGGCGUGUGUGAGCUCUGAUUGGCUGACGGCUGCUCGUUGUUCCAGAUCAAGCGCUCAGACUGAAGGCGCGAGCGGCGCGUGUGUUCCCGGUUGUUUUGACGUGUUUUUUAAGAGGAUCCGCGACUAACGGCUCUCUGACGGUGUCGGAUGAUGGUGCUGGACGGGCUCGGCUGCGGAAAGAGUCUCAGCGCGGCGGCCGCUCAGGGGGACGCGCGGGCGGUGCGGCGGAUCCUGCAGGACCACCGAGUAGAACCGGACGCGCUCAAUGAGUUCGGGAAAACCGCGUUGCAGGUGAUGAUGAUGGGCUCCAGUGCAGUGGCUGCGGUGCUGCUGGAUUUCGGUGCAGACCCGAAUGUUCAGGACCGCAGUGGUGUGACUCCGGCUCAUGACGCCGCUCGCACCGGUUUCCUGGAGACGCUGCGGGUGCUGGUGGAUGGCGGCGCCUCCGUUAACGUGCCGGACCACAGCGGGGCGCUGCCCCUGCACAUCGCCGUCCGCGAGGGACACUGGGACGUGGUGGAGUAUCUGGCGCCCCUGACGGAGCUGCGGUGGCUGGACGGGCGGAGGGUGGAGGAGCUGCUGGAGCACCUGCAGGCCACUGGGUCCGGAUGAUGUGUGUGUGUGUGUGUGUGUGUGUGUGUGUGUGUGUGUGUGUGUGUGUGAUCGGACAGUUUGCUGAGCUCAUAUUAGCUCAGGUUUGUAGCGCUGGUUUUGCACA